AUGCCCAUUGACCUGCUGGCGGAGGGUUUCGGCAGGGGCUUUUCUGGUAUCCCUUAUGGCUGGACUGUGGCCCAAGGUACGGUCGUUGUCGGCGUCAUCGCUCUUCUGAAAUUGUACUUUGGCGGAGCAACAUGUCGCUCCGAACGAGUAAUGCAUGGGAAGGUGGUCAUGGUUACUGGGGGUACUUCGGGCAUCGGUGCAGCCGUUGUACAAGAACUGGCUACUCGAGGAGCGCAGGUUAUUCUCCUGACCCAUCAUGCCCCCUCAGAUCCGUUUCUGGUCGACUACAUCGAGGACGUGCGGACGAUCACAAAUAACGAGCUUAUCUACGCCGAGCAGGUAGACCUCUCUUCCCUCCACUCGAUCCGACUUUUCGCGACCAAGUGGGUGGACAAUGCGCCCCCGAGAAGAUUGGACAUGAUUAUCCUGUGCGCAAAUAUCAUGACUCCCUACUUCGGUACGAGUCAAACAACAAUGGACGGACUGGAGGCAGAGUGGAUGAUAAAUUAUCUUAGCACUUUCCAUUUGUUAAGCAUUCUCUCACCAGCUAUCAGAGCACAACCUCCGGAUCGAGACGUGAGGAUUCUUUUCAGCACUUGCAGCAGCUAUAUUGGCGGAAAGUUGGAUUACAAGACUAACGAAGCGGCCACGAAAUCAGGGACGUCUUCAUACGCAAGGAGUAAGCUGGCCGUCAUGACUUUCGCAAAUGCUUUCCAGAAGCACCUUGACGCAUACAAGAGACCAGACAAUCAACCCAGCAAUGCGCGAGUGAUGAUCAUUGACCCUGGCUAUGCUCGGACUCCAGGUACCAGGAGAUGGCUUUCUGGCGGUUCAAUCUGGGGAUUGCUCGUGUACUUGCUCAGUUGGCCUUUGUGGUGGCUCAUCCUCAAGUCACCCUCGCAGGGUGCUCAGAGUUACCUGCUCGCCGCCAUGGAUGCAGAAUAUGGUCGAAGUCCCGGUGGCAAGCUGAUCAAAGAAUGCAGAGAAUACCAGCCUCUGCGGUCCGACGUCGAAAAUGAGGAGGUCGCCAAACAGCUGUGGGAAUUCAGUGAAAAGCAGAUUGAACGGCUGGAGAAGCAAGGCGCUGUCAAGAGAGCUCUCGCAAAGAAAGAAGCAGAGGAGGAAAAGGCUGCUAAUGAGCCAACCACUAAUAGUACGACUGCUGGAGGGAAGAGAGAUCCUACCUCGGGAUCGCGAAGAAGUCGAAAAACGAAAUGA